GGAGUCCACAGUCCACGAUAGUGUGUCUAUAGAUGAGGCUCCCUAGGUUGUCAUCAUCCGCCAUCGUGCAUUUCCAUGUCAGCGUGUCGUGCGUGCGGAACGUUUUAUUUCGUGCGAGGCGAGGGCUACGAUCGGGUUACGAUUAUGUCGAGUACCGUGAAGAAUUCGGAACGAUUGCCGCAGGCGUUCGUUAAAUAACGCGAGUCGUCGAACGGCAAGCGACGACGGGAUCACGCGAGGUCAGCCGAGGACGGGCUCCUGAAACGAGAUCGAGGGUCGAGACUCUUCCACAUCGGAGAGGAAGCAAAGAAGAAAUUGAACAGUUACUUCGUAAAUCUAUCAUUACCGAAGUGGCGGCCGAACAAAGUUCCAAUAUGAGGGGUUCUAAAAGAGACUGGAUUUUUAGAAUUCAGGUAUCCAACCUGGAAAAAAAUGAAGUUGUUUAUGUGGUUGGAAAUCUACCUGAGUUGGGUGCCUGGAAUCACAAUCAGGCCAUCCUAAUGUCACAAGAACAUAACAACCGGAGAGAGUCUCCUAUAUUAUUGGAUAACAGCAGCGGGGAUUUCUAUAGCGAUGAUGGAGACAAUGCAGCGGAUGGCAUAUUUGAAGAAGAUGGACAAAUAUUCUCACAAAAGGUUGCUCUUCCCAUCGACGCUAAUAUCGAAUUUCGAUAUUUUAUAGCUGUCAUUUGCCAAUCGAACGGCACUAAAAAUUCGGCCAAAACUUUAAUUAUCCGCAGAUGGGAAACUCAUAUGACACCACGUUUAAUUAGUAGAAAUACACCAAGCAAUUUUGACAGUGAUACUUUGCCAGAUCCUGACAAAUUUGGCUAUCAUAAUAAUUAUAGCAAAAUUGAACGAGGUUGGCUGACAGAUGAAACUGUGAUACAAUUUAAACUUUUUAACAAUGCUAUUAAAUUCUGGAAGAACCGGCUACAAAACAAAAAAGUUCAUAUUAAGAUGACACCUGUAAAUCUAGUUAAACAUAAUUCUUUAGAACUACAGCAGUUUGGAGGUGACUGUAUAGAUGAUAGUCUUUCUAUGGAUACACAAGAUAUUGUUGAUCAACCCGCUUUUACCAGUAUUACAGAAAUAGCUGUGAUGAAUGAUGAAGAGGCUAGAUUCACGUUCCAGGAACAAUUCGGCCGCCCUUACAAUGAAGACGAAUUUUUAAUCUUCAAUGUUGCCGUUCGGUAUCCUGAAACAAUCGGAUACUUAGUGGACUACUACGUGUACAGCUCAAGGGGUUUCCCAGGAGAACCACCAAAUCACAUCGGUUUCAGCUACAUCUUGCCGUGUGCUUUGCAACCGAGCGUCGGCCUUCUGACCGUACCAAUUACCAGUACAAAACAUAGACCUAUUGGUCAAUUGACAGUAGAAUACGUUGUCAUAAAACCAAUACCAGAUCACCCAUGGGACAUGAACAUUUCUUACGCGAAGCAUUGGGAGCAGCGUUGGUCAGGCUUAGAUGUAGGACACAGAGGACUUGGCACAUCUUUCAAAUUUGAAACAAAAAGCUGUGCUAAUGUACGCGAGAACACGGUCGCAUCUUUGAAGACUGCGUCAUAUCAUGGUGCUGAUAUGGUCGAGUUCGAUGUUCAGCUGUCGAAAGACUUUAUACCUGUAAUCUAUCACGAUUUUUAUGUAUCCAUCUCGAUGAAACGUAAAAAGCAGAUAGAGGCAAUGGACAUGCUGGAGAUACCCGUCAAGGAUCUCACUUUAGAACAGCUCCAUCUACUCAAGGAUUAUUAUUACCCUGAAGACUCGUUGGGUAAGGUGCUCUAUUUCGUUGAUAAAGCUGAACAGGUUAACAGACUGGUUUAUCACGUGGCCGAAGGCCGAGAGAAGAAUCCAAGAUUCUUUGAUGAGGAUUUGGAAGAUCAUCAACCUUUCCCUACGUUACAAACUGUGCUCCAAGAACUCGAACAGCACGUUGGGUGCAAUAUAGAAAUUAAGUGGACUAUGCAAUUGAAGGAUGGCACGUUCGAGCUCAAUCAUCCUUUCGAUCUCAACAUGUACCUAGAUAUUAUCCUAAAAGUAGUAUUAGAAUACGGAGGCGACCGUAAAAUCGUAUUUUCUUCAUUCAACCCGGAUAUUUGUGCAAUGAUCCGUCUUAAACAAAAUAAGUAUCCGGUAGUAUUUUUAACGCAAGGCAUUACAUCAAAGUAUCCGACUUAUCACGACCCGAGAUGCCAGACGAUACCAAUGGCGAUGAGGCACGCGUUGGCCGCGGAUAUUCUAGGGAUUAACGUCCAUACUGAAGAUAUUCUUCGUGACCCAUCCCAAGUUAAAUUAGUUAAGGACGCGGGAUUAAUCAUCUUCUGCUGGGGUGACGAUAAUAAUGAUAAGGAUACUAUUCAGUAUCUGAAAAAACUCGGUUUACAUGCAAUCAUAUAUGAUAAAAUUGAUGAAUAUAACGCGAAGGAAGUGAAGGAGAGUAUAUUCUUAGUAGAUGCUAGAGAAAGUCAGAAGGAACUGAUAGCCUUGGCACAAUGCAGCCAAACCCCACAGACACAAAUUUCUUCUCCCCUCAAUACAGAAAAGGAUUAUUAUCUGAAUCGACCGUCGACAACCACAUCACUCUUGAAGAACAGCAUUGGCAGUGACAAUAUGUAUUCCGUUUCAUCUUUAAAAUUGCCAACCAACUGCGAAGAAGAGAGCAUAGAGAUCAAUGAGAUGACUAAGGAUUUCAGUGCCUGUGCAAAUACUUUUGGCCAUUCAGUAAAAACAAACGGCAUCUCAGGAGUGAUGUGUGGACAGUCGACUCCUCUACCGGAGUUUUAUGGGGAAGACGAAGCGGCAAAGGAUUGCCUUUGAUGCUUUUCCUUUAAAAAACCCUUCUUUUCAUGGUUUUGAUGGAAAGGUAUCACUAAGAAGACUCCUAUACUAUGCGACAACAGGGAUAUAUAUAUAAAACUUUUAUAAUUUAUGAUGCAUUAAUUGAUAGACCGAAUAUUACCAAGGAUUCGUCUGUACUUCUGAAAUCCGCGAAACAUAUAUAGAUCAUUAUAUAGAUCAUUAUACAGACUAGUAUAAGUAAUUCGAAAUCGAAAGAAUCAAUGUUGUUCUGAGAUUUAUCAAGACUUAUCGAUGUUAACAUUUAACGUUAAAUAUGAUUAUAUGAUACAUUCAAUUGUCCAACUUAUGUUACGUGCUCUAAAAAGGCAUUCAGAAUUAAACAUAUCUAAAUAAAUGUGAAAUUUAUGAGGUUUUUUUAAGAGAUUUUAAUAAAUUUUACUUGAUCAUCAAAUCAUAGAACACCAUUGAUUGUUAUUGCUGUAAAAUAUCGAUAUAAUAUGCGAUGUGUGAAGGAAAAUCAUCCGAUUUAUUCUUCUCACAGUGUAUAUUGUUUCUUUAAUUGUUCCAUUUUCUCGCGCAGCGUAUGUGGGAAAAAGUAUGUAACCGGAUACUCUUGAAGAAAUUGAGAAUCGAUCCUUUAAUGGGAAUGAUUUGGAAGUUCUAAAUGUAUUAAAUUAGUAAAUAAUUCCAGUCAUAUAUUUGCACCUUUUCAAGCUUUAUUCAUAAAAAAAUCUAAUUUUCAGUCUAUAAAUGUUAAAGAUCUAAAAAUUGAUAUAAGUCUAAGCCAAAAAAUCUAAACGUGCAAAGAUUUAAAUGUUCUAGUUUCUAUACCCAAAUAUUGAAAUCUAAGUAUUUGAAGAUUUAGGCAUGUCAAGAUCUAGAAAUCUAAAGAUCCGAAUGUUUAUUGAUCUGAUGAUUCAACGAUCUGAAUGUCUGAAAACAUAGGAAUAUAAGAUUCUAAAAUAGUUUUAUUUAUAUUAGUUUUUUAUUUAAUUGCUAGAUUCCUUGACAUAUUUCUUAUAAUAAAAAUUUUUUUAAAUGGAUUAUUUAAAUCCACUAGAUACCGGCAUACAACUAUUUCCACGCGCUAUAUUGCAUUCUAGAAAUCUUUAAUGAGGAGCUUCUCAGUACUAAUGAAUCCUGCGCAAAAUGUAGAAAACGAUUUUAACUCUCGUGAGUCUGCUCGCGACGAGCUGAUGCGGGAGUUAUGUUUUUAGUACAAAUGUCUUCAGGUAUAUAUCUUUAUUUAUAAUCAGGAAGAAACAAUUCUCUCCUCCCGUAUCUCUUCCGCUAUCGAUUCGGAUAUAAUUAUAAUAUGCGAACGAGAAAAGGAUAAAAAUAGGGAAAAGAGCAAAAAAGCGAGUCGCUCAUAUUCGAAGAAUAAAUUAAUGCCAUUAGUUGAUACACUUUUUAUGAGCUGUCGAAUGAAAAAUCGCGCCGAAUGCAAGAGCGAGUAAUCGUGUUGCACCUUGAAUUGCCUUUUCGACAGUAUCUCAAGUUUUAAGAAACUAUUUUUCGUAAUCAUCUAGGAAGUAUUUCAUGUUCAUUUAUUUAUGUCAUCCAAAACGUGACAAAUCACACGAUUGUUUCAUUAGUGCGAAUGAAGAAAAUAAAAAUCGUGGAAAGAGCACGUAUACAUCUUUUUUUUUCUACCACAUUUUCAAUGCUAAUAAAUACACAGCUUUGCUUAUUCUAAGUAAUUUUGCGAUAAUGAAUAAUUUGCAAUCUGUCGAUGCCUAAAUUGACGUCCGAGUCAGAGGCCAACUGGCUCGCUCAAGAGACUUGUAAUCAGUAAUGUUCUUUGACAAGAAAAAGUCCAGAGUGUACAGUCGGUCUCUUACCGUAUUUUUUUUUUUCUUUUGAGCACUAAGUGCGAUCGAAGAUGUUGAAGGCGUCAUAUAUUUUCUAGCAAACAAUCUCCCGAAUACACCAUAUGUUCCUUCGAGAGAAAAAUAAUACGUUAACCCUUCAACCGAUAGCUUCGUCCAUCCAUAGUUUAAUGGCACGAACGAAUCGAGCUCGUUUCGCACCGUCCGCUUCGACUUUUGAUAUCACGAUUUUUUUUUUAUUGAAGACAAGUGAUACCUUUCAUCAUAGACAAUGGGAAGCCAACGUUUUGUCCUCAGAAUACAUAAAACUCUUGUUACAAUGGAACAUUUGAUCGGACAGACUUAUUCAAGACACAUUUAUCUGUCAACGCGAUUGAAAUUUACUCGAUUAUUAGAGUAAAUUUAUUGAGAAAAUAAUGAUGAGUAAAAUUGUAUUAUUGUCUAAUGAGUCAUUAGAUUGUUAUGUGACGCGAGAGGAAAUAAAUUAAUUAAGGGACCUAGAUAAGACAAAUAUAAACGGCAGCUUUGCGUCAACUAAUCUCGCGAAUGAUGAGGUCCUUGGGAUACCUAUACAUUAGAAAUAAUAAUUAUUACUAUUAUUAUAAGCAAGAUAAUACUAUAUUAGCACUGUCUCGUAGUCAGUACUGUUAUAAUAAUUUAAUAAUAAUAUUAAAGAUUACUCUAUGAUAACGUAAUGCUAUUAUGUUAUUAUAAUAGUAGUAUCGAGACAAGACCGAGACCGAGUUGACGCUUCGCAGCGCAAAGGGUUGAUCUACCGGCUGAAGGGUUGAAGAAAACCAGACGUGCAGGCACGCCGAAUGUCUUUGUAAAUUUUUCACGAGAAGGAUAACGCGCGUACCGCAUUAUGAUAACAGAAAAAAAGAAGCUGUAAACAACUAACAGAGCGAUUGUAUCAAUCGUCGAGACUCUGGCAAUGUACAGUACAUUUGUUCAAAGGAUACUAAACUAAUAAUACACGAUCUGUACGUUACUACAAGAUCACGUCACUGCACUAUGCGGGGGUGAUAUUACUCGUUCUCUUUCUUUUUCUCUUUUUUUUUUCACAGUCUUAUGGCGGAGACCGAACGUCCCUCUAAACUCUUUGCGUCCAACGCAAACAGCGAUUAUAAAUCGAUGUCUCUCGCCGGACGAGUUGCGAAACGAACAGUGCGAACACAACUAAACAAAUCGAAAGGCUGAGAACGCUAAAUAAAUCGGGAGAAUAGCUUAGACUUCUUAACGAUGAUAAUUAUUUUUUAUAGUAAAAUGUGUCAAUGGCGAGUACUGUAGUAACAGUACAACAGUGUAAUAUUAGCAUUAAUAAGCGUAAACGGCAAAGGGAUAGCUUUCCGGAGAGGCUUAGAACUUAAAGGAAUUAUGGAAUUCGAAUGCAACGUAUGUACAUUUCGAGAUAAUGGUAUAAAUUCACGCUUUUAUAUACAUAGAGAGAAUUUAAAUUUAAGACGGCAAAAUCGCGGAAUUAGCUUUAAGAAUGAGAGAGUCCUAUGCUAGUUUGAAUAUUUUUAUAAAAACUUGAUGUUUCCCAGCUUCGCUCUUUUGAAUUUCUUACGAUAAAUAUAAAUAUUCUAUAUCUGACGGAAUGCGAGAAGAAUGUCGAAAACAAAUUCUUUUCAAAUUUGUGAUUCACAAGUCUCUAUUGUAUAUUAACAUAUAUAGUAUGUAUAUACAUAAGAAACGAAUUAUCUGUUUCCUUCCGCUUAAGUUCUGAGCAACUCCAUGCGUCAGUUAGCGAACUUUAGAAGUUUUGCGAACUCGUGUUUCGGUCUCCGAACCGUUUUAAACUAAAAUAAACUCCGAGCAUAGUUAAGAUUUCUAACAAUUGUCUAUUCCCCAUAUUGUUUAUGUUGUACGACACAACGAUUGAGAAGAACUGGAGUAAUUUAUUCUUGCCGAGAUAAUAAAAUAUUUGUAUUAUCAGAAC